GGCCUGGUGAAUGUGGUGCUGAUCCCAGACAACGGCACAGGUGGGUCCUGGUCCUUGAAGUCCCAGGUGCCUCGGGGUCCGAGUCCUCCUCUGCAGUUCCACCCCCAGGGCCCCCGCUUCAGUGUCCAGGGGAGUCAAGUGGCCUCCUCAUUGUGGACUUUCUCCUUUGGCCUUGGAGCUUUCAGUGGCCCAAGGAUCUUUGACAUCCGCUUCCGGGGAGAACGACUAGCUUAUGAGAUCAGUCUCCAGGAGGCCUUGGCCAUCUAUGGUGGAAAUUCCCCCGCAGCAUUGCUCACCCGCUAUAUCGAUGGCAACUUUGGCAUGGGCAAGUACUCCACUCCCCUGACCCGGGGGGUGGACUGCCCCUACCUGGCCACCUACGUGGACUGGCACUUCCUUCUGGAGUCCCAAGCCCCUAAGACAAUACGUGAUGCCAUUUGUGUGUUUGAACAGAACCAGGACGCCAAUGGGGCCAUAGAGGUCCGACUCCAUGCCACCGGCUACAUCAACUCAGCAUUUCUCUUUGGUGCUGCCCGAAGUUACGGGAACCAGGUUGGGGAGCACACGCUGGGCACCGUCCAUACCCACAGCGCCCACUUCAAGGUGGAUCUGGAUGUAGCAGGGAAACCAUCCUCCCUGGCAGGUCCCCAGCAGGAGAAGACUGAGGAGCAGGCCGCCUUCCCCCUGGGAGGCACCCCACCCCGCUACGUGUACCUGGCCAGCAACCACAGCAACAAGUGGGGUCACCCGCGGGGCUACCGCAUCCAGAUGCUCAGCUUUGCUGGGGAGCCGCUGCCCCAGAACAGCUCCAUGGAGAGAGCCUUCAGCUGGGGAAGGUACCAGCUGGCCGUGACCCGGCGGAAGGAAGAGGAGCCCAGCAGCACCAGCAUCUACAAUCUGAACGACCCUUGGACUCCCACUGUGGACUUCACUGACUUCAUCAACAACGAGACCGUUGCAGGGCAGGACUUGGUGGCCUGGGUGACAGCUGGCUUCCUGCACAUCCCACAUGCAGAAGACAUUCCCAACACGGUGACUGUGGGGAACGGUGUGGGCUUCUUCCUCCGACCCUACAACUUCUUUGACCAGGACCCUUCCUUCGAUUCUCCUGAUUCCGUCUAUUUCCGGGGGGACCAGGAUGCUGGGGCCUGCGAGGUCAAUCCCAUGGCCUGCCUCCCCCAGGCUGCUGCCUGUGCCCCAGACCUCCCUGCCUUCUCCCACGGGGGCUUCUCUCACAGCUAG